UGUUUACACCAAGUUUGAAAUUGUUCCCUGGUCCACCACUCACUGAGACACUAGGUGAUGAAACAUGGGGUGUAACCUACAGCUAAAAUAAAAGAAGACAAAGAAGAAGUGUGACUUGUGAGCUAAGACUGGUGGAGAGGUUCCUGUUAUUAUCGUGUUACUCACAAAUUUAAACGAUGGAGGAGGAAGCGGUGGAAAAUAUUAUUCUUAAAUGUGUAAAUGCAUUGGAGCUACUACCUGAACAGACUCCAGCCAUAAAGCACCUAGUUGAUGGCAGAGUUUAUGGACGUCUUUUAACUAUUUUGAAAAAUGAAGAUGUGAAAAAAUCAGAUUUGGUUGGCUUGAUACCAGAUCUUCAGGCCAUAAUAAAGGAUCACUUUGCUGGCCCUAAUCUUAUCAUCUUUGAAGAUGUUGCUUCUGGCAAUCAAACAGAAGUGACAAAACUGACUUUGCUUCUUUUGUAUAUAAUGAUGGUAACUGAAUCAAAACUCCGAAGCAGACUUCUUUCCUCCCCCUUAAUGGAUCAGUCAACACAAAUAAAAGUGAAGUAUCUGAUUGAGUCUAUCCAGAAGAGAGGUUCAGGGAUGAGCACCAAAUUCUUAAAUAUUCUCUGCACAGAGAAGUUAGGGUAUAAGGGGAUAUCAACACAGUGCCAGACUCCAAUCUACACUAAUGCUCCAUGGGGAUCUCCAAAAGUUUACUACAGUUCUCCCAAAGCCUCCCCUCUUAGGGAUCUUGUUUAUAGCCCACCUUUCCGUAUGCAAAAGCUCCUGAAUACCAAGACUCGGGAGGUGAAACAGUUGCAACAACAAAUACACAACAUGGAGAAUGACAAGCAGGAAAUAGAAGUCAGUUUGGAGAACUCACAUAAAAAGAUUAGUAAAUUAAAGGAUGAGUUGGUGAAAACACAAAAAGAAUUACAGGAUCUUUUGAGAAGUCGCGAUGAAUUAGAGACAAAAAUGGUGACAGGAGAAGAUUUGGUCCAGCAACAAGUGCAUCGGUUGGGGAAAGAAGCUGCACAUCUGAGAAAGGAGAAUGCUUCUUUGCAACAGACUGUGAAUAUGGUGAUGGAAACUAAUGAUGAGCUCACCACCAAAAAUGAGUCAUUAAGUAAACGGCUGAUGCUAGUCUCUGCAGAACGAGACAGACAGCAGGAGGAGAUGUCAACCCUGUACAUGGCCAAAUUAGAAAAUGAAAACAUCAUCGAGUCACAAGCAUAUCAUAUGAAAGAUAUGAAGAUUCAGCUUGAAGACCUUCGACAAUGCCUUCUAGAGCAGAAACCAUCGAACCAUGCGAUAGAGGAGUCUUUUGAAGUUGAUUCACCCAUGAUCUUCACUGAUGCUCCUUCACCUUCAAAUUUUAGUCCUGGGACUAGUGGACCUAGUGGUGAGAAUAUGGCAGAUGCAGUUGUGGACAAGAUAUUGUUUGAAACUCAAGAACAAUUGAAUCAUCUCCAAGAACAGCAUGCUUCUCUCCAGGAGAAACUUUCUGAAACAACUUAUAACAGGGACCAAUUACUUGCUCAGGUGGAGUGUCUUAUCACAGAAAAUGAAAGUACAGUUUCUGAGCUGGGAGAAGCACGAGAAACUUAUGAGCAACUCUAUUCUACUCAUGCAAAAGUUUGUGAGGAGCAAAAGAACAAUUUACAGCUUCUUCAAGAGGCUCAGGUGAAGAACCAGAUGGCGGAGGUGGAACAAAAGAAAUUGGAGGCAGAAGCACAUGAGACCAGUGUUACUGUAUGGAACAUGAAAGCUGAACUAACUAAGUUUGAGGCUCAGCUGUCUGAAUGCUCUGCUCAAUUGAAGGAUCUUGAGGAACAGCUUCAUUCCUCACAAUCUCAAGAACAAGUUACCCGUGCUGCCUUGGAAAAAGAGUCCAAAGAAAGACUUUCCCUAAAGGAAGAGUUCUCAACAACAGUGUCAAAAAUGAAUGGGGACUUUCAGCAGAAAAUUACAUCUCUGACAGAAGAACACAACCAGAAAGUUGAGGAGUUAAAUAGGGAGAAGAGUACACUGUUGAGUGAAAAAGAAAAAUUAAAUUGUGAGAAGACGUCAUUGGAGCUUGAAAUCCAAAACCUCAUUCUGAGUCAUAAGGGAGCUGAACUGCAGAUGGUUGAAGACUCAGAAACAAUGGUUAAUGAGAAAGCUGCUUUAAACAUGCAACUGGAAAUAAAGUCCGAAGCCUUGUGUGCCUUGCAGCAAGAGAUGGAUAAUAAACAAAAAGUGAUGAAUGAAGAACAAAGUAAUUUAGAGAAGGAAGUUCAAAUGAAGAACUCAGAAUAUUUAAAGCUACAAAAUGAAAUGGAAGCUUACAUUGAACAGGCUACUGCAGAGAAGGCAACUUUAAAUGAAGAGAUGUAUACCAAAGAAAAAGCAUAUUCAUCUAUUCAGCAGAGAUUAGAAAUUACUGCUAAGAGCUUAGUAGAUUUAAAGGCAAGCUUUGAUGAGAAAUUAAAAGUGAAGGAUGAAGCACUCUUAACUGUUCAGCAAGAAAAGGAAAACAAAUCAGAGAUUCUUUCCAAGGAAAUAUCAUCACUGAAAGAUAUAAUUAAAACCAAUGAAAUAGAUUUUUCUAGAAAAAUAGAAGAAAUGGAUAAAACUAUUAAACAUUUAAAUGAAACUAAAGCAGAAAUGAGCAAGGAACUUCAGUUACAGGAAGACUCUAUUGCUACUCAAAAGCAAGAAAUGGAAGAUGACUUAAUAAAGUUUGCUGAUGAAAAGAAGGAACUAAAUGCAGUAAUUAUACAGAAAGAGAGUGCUUACAGUUUAUUACAGCAAAAACUGCAAGAAGCUGGAAACAACUUUAUGCAGGAAAAGAAUGCCUUGAUGAAUGAAAUUCAGACAAAGGAAGGAUAUUUCUCAGAGAUAAAGAAGGAAUUUGAGAUGACCAUUGAAUUACAUGCCCAAGAAAAACUCAGGUUGGAUGAGGCAAUAAAAACUAAGGAAGAAGAAUUAGCUUCUUCUCAAAAGUUGAAGGAGACUACUGCUGCACAACAGGAUAUGAGAGGAACACUGGAAAUACUUUCCAAGGAAAAGUUAAUCUUAACUAAGAACAUCAAGGAAAAAGAAGAGGCUCUCAAUUCUUUGCAGCUAAAGUAUUUGGAAGCUGAGUUUAAAUUUUCCAGUGAAAAGGCAACCUUCUGUCAAGACCUAUCUGCUAAGGAAUUAACUAUAAACAGCCUGCAAAAGGAAAUUGAGAAAAUAAAAAAUGAACAUGCCACUUCUGUUAAACUGAUGAAUGAAGAACUAGAGCAGACCAGAUCAUCAUUUGAAGGUCAACAGAAUGCUAAUAAUGAUAUGAAGGGGGAAAUUGAGGCUCUAAAAGGAGAAAUUUCUAGUAAAGUUGCAGAGCAUAAUAAUAUACUAGCCGAAACCCGUAAUGAGAUAUCAUCAAAUAUUCACCACCUCAGUACCUUGAUCUCAGAGAAGGAUGGUAUGAUUAAGAGUUUAGAGGAAGAAAAAGAAGAAAGUAUACAAAUAUAUAAGAACAAAAUACAGGAACUAGAUAUGAAACUUGGUGAGAAAUGCAAACAUUUAAACUUGGUUGAACAGGAGAACUUGGAUAUUAAGAUAAAUAGGGAAAAAAAGGAAGCACUGUUGAGAGAAGAUCUUAAUAACAUUAAGUUGGAGCUGGAGCUUCUCCAGAAGGAGAAAGAGGAGCAAGUUCAUACUACUGAGAAAAUUAUUGUGGAGUUGAAGACUUCUCUUAAGGAUAAAAUGGAUAUUAUUACUACCAUGAAGGAAGAGAAUGAGCAAAACUUGCUCAGCCACAAGACUCAGAUAAAUGAAAUGGAAGCAAAAAUUGCAGAUCUUCAGUCUAUAAUAUCAGUAAAAGAAGAAACCUUCAGAAACAAGAUUUCUUUGCUGAAAGGACAUAUGGCAAAUGUGGAAGCAGAUAAUGUUCAGAAUGAAUCAAAGGUAGUGGAGGUGACUGCUGUGGUGAAUAAAAUGGAACAAGAGCAUACAGUUACACUUGACCAUCUGAAGAUGGAGGCAGAGCAGCAGCAGGUCAAGUUUGAUGCUGAUGUCUUGCUGCUUAAGGAGAGGUUGUCAUCACUCAAAACUGAGAAGAUGAAGAUUGUCUGUGACUUGGAAGAAAAAAAUGAUGCGAUGAAUAGUUUGACUUUGGAAUUGAAUGGUAAAGUUGAAGCUCUUCAAACUGCAGAAAAAGAAAAAGAAAAAGUUUUAGAAGCACUUGAGCUUGAGAGAGCCUCAAUGAAUGAUGUUAUUAAGGCUCAGGAAGAUGCUUUAAACACACUACAGCAGCAAGUGGAAAAGACUCUUGAAGCACAUAUCAAGGAAAAGGCAGUUUUAAUGGAAGAAAUCAAAGAACGGGGAACUGCAUUUGCAUCUUUGCAAGAAGAGAUGAAAAAUCAUCUGACAAGAUGUGACGAAGAAAAGGCUUCACUUAGCAGGAAGAUGCAAGGUAAUGAGGAAGUUGUCAUAAAUCAGCAACAACAGAUAGAGACACUCCUUGCACAAGUAAGUGAAGAGAAAGAAGUGAAGGAGAGUGUCUGUACAAAUCUGAACAGAGAGCUGCAAGAGAAGGAAGAACUUCUGACUCGGCUUCAGAAGGAAAGAGAAAACUACACUGAAAUGCAUUUAGCUAUGAAUGAUGCAGUUAAAGAAAAGGAAAGAGAUCUCUCAUCCUUACAACUAAGGCUGCAAGAUAUUACUGAUGCAUUCACAUUUGAGAAGGAAUCUCUGCUGAAGGAAUUAGAGGUUCAAAAAGAAAACUAUGUUCCACUGAAGAACAAUUUUGAGAAAGAGCAAGAAAAGCUUACUGCUGACAUCACUAUGCUGACUCUCCAAAUUCAAGAGAAAGAAAAUGAGAGAAGUAACCUUCAGGAAGAGAUUAAGGAAAUUCAAGAAAAAAAUGCGAUAAAGAUAAAAACUCUGGAAGGAGAUUUAGAGAAAAUAACUACAUGUCUUGAAGCAGAAAAGAAACUAAAUAAUGAAAGGGAGAGUGAGCUUAUGACUCUGAAAGAAGAAAUUGUCCAAAAAAAUUCUGAACAUAGCAGAGACAUGACAGAGACACAGGAGCUGUUCAAAGAGAUAUCAAGGCUGAAUGAAUGCAUUGCUAAGCGGAAGCAAUUGUAUGAAACACUCCAAAAACAAAUUGACGAGGAAACAGAAAGGAACAAGACUGAAAUGUUGAGGCUUCAAGGUGAUAUUACUGAAAAGGGACAAGUUGUUGAAGCACUUGAACAAGAAAUUGUGAAAAUGAAGAAAAAUCAUGAAAAUACUGUACAAGAAAUGAAUAAUGAUAAAACAUCAUGUGUGAAUUUCUUAAAGGCAGAAAUGAGUGAAUUACAUAAAACCUAUAUACAGAAAGAAAAAGACUUGUCAGAGGAGUUGAAUCACUUAAGAAUUACUCUUGAUAUGAUGAAGGAAAAAACAGUGGAACAGAAUGAGAUCGAUGAAGUUACUUUUACCAGUUUAAACGAAUGUCUCGCUGAGAAGUCUAAUAUUAUUUGUGCUUUGAAGGAAGAUAUUGAACAGGUUCGCCUGGAACAUGAAACCUUGUUGACACAAAUGGAGCAGAGACAUGUGAAGCUGCAGAAGAAUGACGGUGAGAAGAUAGUUGAUCUAAAUGUCCUGUUAGCUGAGAAGUCAGAGGCUAUCAGUACCAUGAAGGGAGAAUUGGAAGAUAUUCACUCUCAAUAUGAAGUCAAAAUCAGCAGAAUCAAUAAGUUAAUGGAGGAACAGCAGGCAAAGAUGGCGAGUGCACUUUCAUCUUUAGAAAAUAAGAUUGAAGUGUUGGAGUCGGAGAAGAUUGUGAUGAGUAGCAAGUUUGAGGAACAUGAGAAGACAUUUGUGGCCCAGAUAUCUACUCUAGAGGAGGACUUACAGUCCAAGGAAACUAUAUGUCAGUCCAGCAUACAAGAGUUGAAGACAGCUCAGGAAGAAAUUAAGAAGUAUAAAGUUCGUAUUCAAACUCUAGAAGCCAAGCUUAUUGACAAUGAACAGCAGAUCUCUGCUGCAAAGGAGGAGACCAUGCGAGUGGAACGUGAGUCUGAGAAAUCAACAAGAAGUCUGUCAGAAGAGGUGAAGGCUAUCAAGGAAAAGGCUAGAAGUGAGAAGAAGGCUGUUGCUGAUAGGAUGAAAAUGUCAUACAGGACAGAAGUGGAGAAACUUAUGAUUCAGAUUGAAGAAAAAGAACAAGAGGGCAAAGAAAAGGAGAAGAUCCUUCAGAAGUAUGAAGUAGCCAAGAAGAAACUGGCAGAGGUACUCACCAAUCUUAAUGAAACAAAAACUACAAAUGAACACUAUGAAAAGCAGAUGGCUAAAUAUAAGGAGCAUGUGAAGAAGCUAGAAGGUAACCUUCAGAAAGAGUUGUUUAGGCAGAAUGAAAUGAAGACUCGAAUUACUGAGUUAGACGGUAGAAACCAACCUCUUGAAGAGAAACUUCACGAAUAUGAAAAUACCAUAAAACGUUUUGGUAAUGAGAAGAGGUCAUUAGAGGUUCAACUUCAUCAUGCUGAAGCACAGAUGAAAGAAAUGAAGAAGCAGUUUGAGCGAGACACCUUUAAUGAAGGAAAUCUGUUAGCUUCCACUUUCACAAGAGGUAGAUGUUCAACAGUAUCAGAUUCCCAGAUUAGUGAAAUCCGUAUGACAAGAACUUCUGCAUCCUCUGCUGAAAGUGAUUGGGAUGUAAAUGAUUCCCAACAACAACUGCUUCAAAAAAAACCCUCAAAGGAAACAUUCAAGAAAAUUCCCCGAGCUACAUCAGCAGAGACAGUGACAAGGAAACCAUGCACUCGAACCUCAGGUGCAGAAAAUAAACAGAGGUGUGAAAAUCAAGCACGUCAAAAUGCAGCUGCAACUGAGAAGAAAGUUUUACAACAGCCAGAGACUAGCAUUUCAGGCAAAUCAUUUGGACGCUCUGUACCAAGAGAUAUGCUCUUUAACUGUGAAGAUGAAGAGAUGAUGUUCAGCAACAAAUACCUCCUUGAUAUGCAGCUUGGGAAGUGCAACCCAAUGGAUGAAGCACAAUGGAAGAGAGUAUCUGAACUUCAAAGGCGAAAUUCUCUUUAUCCUCCACAUAUGCGAUCAGCAUACCCGGCAGAAAUGCAGUCUAUACCAUUGGAGGGCUUUGCAGAUGACAAACUAAGGGAAGGGCAUGCAGUAAACGACAGGCAGUUGAUGACCCUAACACAGGCAACAGAAAAUCUAGGUCUGGAUUCUCCAGCUUUCAACCUUCGCAAACGAAAGUCUUUAUCUGAUUCCAUACAAUCAGAGGCUUCUUUCGAUUCUUCAGGGGGAAAGAGGACUAAAAGAUUAUCUACAUCAUAUUCCCGGCCUGGACCACCAACGCCAGGACGGAAGGGCAUGGGCAGAGUUGACAAGGAAAAUCGACGAGAAUCCAGUGCUUCAGAAUUAUCAUUGUCAAGCAUCACUUGCCGAGGGAGGAAGGGAAGUCCACAAUCAACAUGUUCUGGUGGAUCUCCUGUAUCCUCCCGAGUGCGACAAGUCAAAGGUGCUCAUUCCAGUCGCUCUACCAAUUCACCCUCCUCGCGUUCAGUCCGCUCCGCUAGUUCACCUAGUACCAGAUCUACUCGUUCACCUGGUAAUGUCACAGUGCUCAGCAAAAAAGGAGCAACUCCACGUGCGAGGUUGGGUAUGACACCUGCUUCACUACGCAGGAUCCUUUCUAAGGGCAAGUCACCUUGGAAGAAACUUAACAAUGAACAAGAGACACCCAAGGGCCUAGGGGACAGUACAGACUCCAAUGGCAGGUCAAAGCUAAGGAUUUUUCGUAGGCCCUUCGGUUCCAGGAAUUACAAUGUUCUGUCAGCUUCUUUAAGGUCACAAGAAAACCCACAAGACCUGAACAACUCGUUAACCGUAUCAAUCGGACGCUCAGACCCAACAAUCGUUGAGAAGAAGUCAAGAAUGAGGAGAUAGGAAUACUUGAUUUCUGCAGUAAUAUUAAUUCUUAUUAUGCUUUGUUUGUGGAAGACAAUUACAAAUGAUAGGUCAUUCUACUGUAGAAAUCAUGAUUACUGGUUAUAAUAUUAACGUCUUCCUAUAUUUCUUUGGUUUUGCUGUGUUUGAUGUACAUAUUUUUAUUUGGAUAAACCUUCAUUUAAUAAAUUGCUCAGUGUGGUAUUCUUCUUUAUUCUUUCGUAGUUUCUUAUCAGUGAUGCACUAUUGUAUUAUUGUGUUCACUUUAUCUACACAAUAACAUGUAGAAUCUUUUAAAGUAUUUAUUAUACACUAAAAUGAAAAGGUAGUACUCUUGAGUUUUUAGUAAUGAGAGGCUUUCCAUAAGAUCUCAAGCACUGUAUAGUGUUUAGGCUUUUAUGUGGUUCUGACAACAGGAUGAAAAGUUUUUAGAGAGGUCAUAUAAGAUUCUUUACUUUUGUUGUAGUUUCAAGGUCAUUAAAAUGUCUUGACUCAAGUAAUGAAUUCAUAUUUUACUACUUAAUCUAGUGCAAAUGAGGUUUAUAUUCUUC